AUGGUGCUUUCAUCAGAGUCUGUUGAACCUGGACAAUUGUUCAUCAUAACAAGUCAAGAAUCCAUAGACGGAUGGGGUUGUAUUGGUCGAUCAUCUGCACUCUGCCCGUCGGCACAUUUUCCUAAUGAUCCCGAAAUAAGUGAAAUACACUGUGAAGUGAUGUAUGAUCCAGAUUCAUGUCGAUAUUCCUUAUUGGAUAGAGGUCCUAACUCUGGGACAUCUAUAAAUGGAGUAACAUUGAAAAAGAACAAAUCAGCUGCAUUGUGUCAUGGUGAUGUUGUACGAUUGGGUUCAGCUCGUCUACUUGUUCAUAUACACAAUGGUAAUGAAACAUGCGGACAAUGUGAUUCAGAAGAGAUAAAAGCUGCACUAACUGCAAUGAUAGAUGUGAAUGAAGCAAAAGAUUGUAAACAUCAAGAUGAUUUCUCUAAUGGUGAUCAAAAUCCACAUAAUCAUCAACCAAAAUCUUUAUCCCCUCACUCAUUAAGAGAUGUUGAAAGAAGAGUGAAAUUAGAUGAGAUUAAGAAGAAAUAUGGUUUAAAGUUUCCACGUGUAAAAACACAGACAAAGAUUGAUAACAAACAAUACAUAGAUCGUGCUGCACAACGACGUGCUAUUGAAGCAAAUUUAAAAGCAGCAGGUUAUCCUCUACCGCCUCCACCUGGAGUUAUACGCCAACCAAUUACCAAUACUCCGUUAAUAUCUCAACCAACACCAGCCAGUGUGUAUAAACCUAUUGGGAAUGAGAAUAAAGGAGCUAAAAUGUUGGCUAAGAUGGGAUGGACACCUGGUCAAGGAUUGGGUAAACUAAAAUUGGAAUUGCUGAACCGAUAA